UAUUUGUAUACAAAUGCACUGAAGAGUGCUAGCGAGCGAGAGUCAACUGCGACGAAGAAUAUUCAGACAUUUUGCAUGGUGGAUUGGCGAGCGAUUCGGCGAAAAUGUCGUGGCUGAUCCCGCACUGGAGCGAGAGCAUCAAAAAGCGGCUGUGUCGAUACCUGCUGCAGCGCUACCUCGGCCAGUUCCUCGAGGAAAAACUGACCCUCGACCAGCUCACGAUUGAUCUCUACAAUGGCAAGUGCAUUGUCAAUGACGUCAGCCUUGAUGUGCAGGCGCUGAACGAGGUUUCUACGCAGCAAAGCCUGCCCUUCUGGUUUGUGGAGGGCAGCGUGUCCCAAGUUUGUGUCUCCGUUCCAUGGUCCUCCUUACUCUCCGACUCAAGCUAUGUGGAAAUCUGUGGGCUCAGUCUUACCGUCCGGCCGAAGCACCGAGUCGAGACGGGAGCAUCAAUGCUUGAGUCAAUGUGGAACAGCUUCAGCAGCAGUAUGCAAUUGGCCGAGGAAUGUCUCAAACAAGACAUGGAACAAGACACAGCUGCCCCGCUGGAGGGAUUGGAAAUGUUUGCACAAAUGAUUGAGAGCAUUUUGAGCAGGAUUAAAGUGAAAUUUGAGAACCUGAAGCUUCGCCUUGAGAAUGUGCCGAAAGGGAGCAGAACAGGAGUUGCUUUAGAAGUUCAUGUCAAUGAAAUGACAUAUUUGGAUGAAGCCGGUUUAGAUACUCCUGCAGAAUCAGAAGAAAGUGAAAAGUACCAGAUCUCAGCCUUUAGCACAAAAAAGUUUUCACUAGAAGGUAUUUCUCUCUACACCGACGAAUUCUAUUUACCUAGCAUGGAAACAUCAGUCUGGGAAGCACAGGACGAAACUGAGCACAACCUGAUUCUUGCGGCCAAGUUGUCAGCCCGCCAGGAAAUUCGAUUGAAAAUGAAAGCGUCCGACAACAUUUCUGGUGCCAAAGUGACCCUUGAAGUGCUUCUUGGUUCGCUCAACUGUUUUCUGUCACCGAGGCAGUUCCAAGCAAUGCAGGAAUUGAUCAACGGCCUAUUAAGUCCUGGUGACGACCAGGACAAGCCCACUGGUCGACAAAAACCCAUGGGUGUGCAGGAUUUCCAGCUUGUAGAGCAGGAUUUGCAGCAGAGACUCAUGCCUUCGGAAAUGGCUGGGCCCUCAGGACACCUUCAGCCAAAACAGGGAUGGUCUGUUGCAGAGGACAGUGAUGAGGAAGGUGAUGAGUUUUUUGCAAUGGCGAAGUCAAAAAUGAAGGCAAGCAUGGGCGCAAGCAGCUGCGGCACAUCUAGUGUUGGCGGUGGCAGCAUGGCCAGUUCGAUGACCGGCUCAUCACUUAGCGUCAGCCCGUUCACACACAAAUGCCUGGCCGCGUCUGGAUUUCCAGAAAUGGGCAAGAAAAAGUCUCAUUAUCAUGUUUCCGAGGACGAACCCUGGAGUGCAGACUUCACCAAUUUCUCAAUUAGAAUAAGUUCGCUAUCCAUAGUUCUUUUGCAGGAGGACAUUUUAAUAACAACUCCGACUGCAGCAUCACCUCAUUUACGACAAGUCACCCCUACUUCUCAACAACAAAUGGUAGAACUGGCAAACGCCUUCUUCAAACACAUCGAAUCAGCAAUGCCUGACGGAUUUGGCGUCAAAGACUUUGAUAACGCAAAACGAAUCAUCAGGGAUGCAACAAAACCAAACCAUUUGCGCCUUGUAGCGGCUCCAAUAACAGUCGAGGGAACCGACAAUUUGGGAAGCAAUGGUUCUCACACAGAGGGUCUAUUCACAGCUGCUAGAUUGGAGUUUGCCGAGUUAUUGAACGACCAGCCAAAUCAAGAUUCGGAAUUACUUGUGUUUCAAGACAGCAAGGCGUUCAGUUCUUAUCCUGACCUUCAAAUGUCUUUCUCUCACAAAGUUAAAAGCAACCGAGGAAUUACUUAUCCAAGAACAGAAAUCAAAUUUAAACUACAAUCCUGCCUAGUAGAGGUAGACCUUAGCUUGAUGGAUAGAAUUUCUAGCGUUACUAGCUCUUCACAUCCCAUUUGCCAACAAACCAAAAAGAGACAGUCACCAUUAGAAAAUCCAAUCAACGUAUUCCAGGCUGUGGAACCGUCGGGAUGUUCAGAUAGCCGCGUUGAUAUAAGUGUUCAAUUUCCAAACAAAGUUGCAUUCAAACUGAGGUUUCCCUGUCCUGAUUUACGACCCUUAAGUGACAUGGGCCGGGCGCCUUGGUGGCAACGAAAUGUCCGAAGCGAAUGGCUUUUAAUUGAGCUCAGUGAGGCAGAGCUCAAGUCCACAAUCGACAGCCGAGAUCCAACAACCAGAGUUGAAGUUGCUUGCAGAGGUCUGCAAGUCAUAUUUCAGGAUGGAGUUGAGGAAAAUGAUGUACCUGUGUUGGUUUGUGAUAUGGAUGAAGCGGGCCAGUCUUUGCCCAACAACGGCAGAGACUUUGGUCUUAUUAGACUGACUGUUGUGAUUUCCCCGUCGACCAGUGAACUCUCUGAGUUGGUUCUCACAAUGGAGGACUCGACGGAAGACAGCCUUGGGCAGUCGUCUCUAGAUUCACUUGAGAGACAGACGCGUACUAAAGAUCCUAGUCCAUUUAGUGCCAAGAGAGUUGUGCAUGAAAGUGAUACUCCACACGAUGUGGCAGAUGAAUCAGAUGAACUUGUGAUACCUGGAGAUAAGAGGGAAAUAACCAAUUUUAUUGAGUUUGCCUCUAAGCAAAGUAAAAUUCACAUCGAUUUGGUUUUGCCAAAAGCUUAUCUGACAAUUCCGUCAAAGCACUUUUACGAACUUCUUUACAACCGGAUAACAACCGAUUUUAUGUUGUGGGAGCCAUCACGGCCAUCGAGUGCCCCUGCGCCAGACUUGAUGUCCGAAGUGACUCUUAACACAACUGCCUUUAGCAUGUGCAAGUCAGGAAUUCACAUGGAAACGGAUUCGGACUCAAGUUCUGAUUCAGAGGGUAUCUUCUACUCCGUUCAUGAGCACAGACAAAGACAAAAGCUGCAGUAUAUUAAACAGACGAGAGUGCCCCUUGGUCAAAGCAAAGUCACAAUCAACCUGAAUAUAAAUCAAGGAACUAUUUCACUGAGCACGCCUGCAAGGGAUUCAGCGAAUUGUGUUAUUCCAAACCAGAGGGGUGAGUUGAAGCUUGCAAUUGGAGAGGGUUCGCUUUUCGUUGUUUCGGAGUGCAGGGGUGAUCCUACUUUGAGCUAUGUCUGCAUUCAGUCCAACCAAGCCUCUCUUUUUCAUGCAGGCCUCGUGGCUGCUGGUUUGGACGAUGCACCUCUUUUGCCAACAAUCUUGCAAACUGUACCAGGAGUGAAUAUGAAGCCUCAAGACAAAGUUGGAUGUGGGGGUCAGAGUUUAGACAUGCUCUGCGUUGCAGUUAAAAUACACCUCAAGCAGCCUGGGGCCCUCAAAAUGAUCAAAGUGGCUACGGCCGUGCGAGGCGCCACAUUGCAGCACAGGGUAGUUCCUGGGCCUCAGAGUUGGUUGUCUCAAAUGAUAGACAUGCUGGACGUGAUGGACUACCCUGUGCCAGGCUACUUGCCUCCGAGAGUAAUUACAGAACUGCAUCUCCAUCUAUGGAAUUGCGCUGUUGAUUACAGGCCUCUGUACUUGCCAUUACGGUGUAUGGUCACAAUGGGCAGUUUCUCUGUUUCAAGCAACUUGGCUGCUCAGACAAGGUCCUCUUCUUUGAGGUUCAUAGCAGAAGAGGGAUCCCUUUUCAUUAGUGAUAAAGUUUCUCUAAUGAAGACUCCUGACCUAGCCAAAGAUUACGUCUCUGUUAUCACAUUGGGACUUUUUGAAUUGUCUCUUCGGCUCAGCGAUGAUCCGAGAGUGCCAAAAGUUGAUUUGAGAGCGUCCAGCACGGCCCUGCAUUUGCGGACAUGUGCAGAUUCUUGUCGAGCAUUGGCUGAACUGCUGUCUUACUUUGCAAGUGAUGGAGAUUUGACGCAGCCCAUCAACAUGUCAAGCAGAUCAACAACACCAUUGCAGAGUGAAAGAGGUUCACAGUCCUCCCUUUCUACGCAGAGCCAGACAGACCAAGUGAAUUCAAUGAUGGAAGAUGCAAUGCAAGACAGCCACACCGAAGAGCAUCAUAUUGAGGAGGAUGAGGAAGCAAAAACACCUAGUGCAACUGCAGAAGAUUUGGAAAACACGGAGGAAUUCAGUUUCCCUGACGAUAACAACAGACCACAUGUGAAACCUUCUAGCGAUGACGAGGAGGAGUUCUGCAUUCUGGGAGAGGACCCAGGAACUGGAAUUAUUCCUCUGCACGGGGAGCCAGAAAUAAGAAAACUGAUCAACGGGCCUAUUCGAAUAGUAGAGAAUCACUUCGGGGUGCCUCUGCGACGAAUGGACCUACUGGAAACACCAAAGAAUUUCCCCAACCCUGAACUACGAUACACCAUCUGUGAUUUAUCUUUAGUCUGGCACUUGUACGGCGGCUCUGAUUUUCAGUCGUCUGAGAAAAAAAUCGUUAGAAUCAAAGGCGAGACCAAUGUGGCUACUAAUUCUCCAAUGAGAAACAUGGGACCUUCUCCGUCAAUCAGCUUUUCAAAGUCGGCUCCUGGGGAGAUCCAGUUCAACAUCGAGAAGAGCAGCAACACACAAAAAGUUUGUAGCGACUGGCAAGAACGAGGUGGACCUGGCCGAGACCACAACGUUCUGAUGGAAUUCCAAUUCAAUAAGGUGCGCUUUAGGCACGAAGUCUAUCCUGAAAAUGCAGAGGUGGCAUCAAGACAAGUUUUCCUUGUGCAGAGUUUGGAGGCGCGAGACCGUCUUGCCACCUCUGCCAUCAACAAAUUUUUGUACCUGCACUGCAGUGAGUCCCAACCAAAACAAGCUCAUGCCAAUAUGGUUGUGAUAAAAGCAGUUAAUCUACGUCCAGAUGUCAGCUUGCCAAACCAGCAAGAAUGUUGUUUGAAAAUCUCUCUCCUGCCUCUGAGAUUCAAUAUCGAUCAAGACUCUUUGCUCUUUUUGUGCUCAUUUUUCUCGGACCUGGCAACAGUUGCACCUUCACAGAGCAGUGAGGACAUCAGUGCUGCUCUACAGCCGCCAGUCAUGUUAGUCAAUUGCCCUGCUUCGCCCACUAAAGUCAUCACCGAAGAGCAGCCACUCGUUCCGGAGUUCGACAGUGAGGACAAGGGCAGUCCGCCAAUAUUCUUCAGGACGCUAUUAUUUUCUCCAGACGUUCCAAUCAGGAUUGAUUACCAGGGCAAAAGGGUUGACAUGAGUCAUGGUCCUUUGGCUGGAAUCCUGAUGGGUUUGGCUCAACUGAACUGCUCUGAAGUCAGCCUCAAGCGGCUCUCCUACCGCCACGGCUUACUCGGAAUGGACAAACUUGUUUCCUUUAUGAUGUCAGAGUGGCUCUCGGACAUUAAGAAAAACCAACUGCCUAGCGUCCUUGGAGGAGUGGGACCAAUGCACUCAAUUGUGCAACUUUUCCAAGGCGUCAGAGACUUGCUUCUUCUUCCACUUGAACAGUACCAGAGAGACGGCAGAAUUGUACGUGGCCUUCAACGUGGUGCUCACAGUUUUACAUCUUCUACAGCUAUUGCCGCCUUGGAGCUAACAAAUAGACUUGUUAACGCUGUUCAGAUUACGGCUGAAACUGCCUAUGACAUGUUGUCCCCUGGGCCUAGUUUGAGGCAGCGACGAAUGCUGGGUGGUACUGAUAAGAGGAGGAGAGACCGACAAGCACCCCCAGCAGACAUUAGGGAAGGCGUCACUAAUGCUUAUCAUCUUGUUCAGGAGGGCCUUGGUGAAACUGCACGCAAUCUGGUGGCUGUAGCAAGUGCUGAACAUGAAGAAAAGGGAGUGUACGGUGCUGUUGGGGGCGUCCUGCGGCAAAUACCACCAACUGUGGUGACACCUGUUCUUCUGGCCUCGGAGGCGACGGCGUGUGUCUUGGGCGGUCUGAGGAGUCAGCUGGCACCAGAUGCGAGAAGAGAGGCUGAACACAAGUGGAGGACCAACAAAAAGUGACAAAUAGAGACAGAACUGUAAUCAUUGUUAAUUAAGGUACUUUCGAUUUGCAAAAGUAAUAUUCUCUAUAUAUUCUUUUAUUUCUUUGUGUAAAGGUGUAUAAAUGUGCAGCAUUUUUGAAGUUUUUAUCUCAAUAAAUGUAUUUAACUCUG